GGGGCCCCGCGCAGGUGAAGGUUUGGAAGAUGACACACAACGCAGCUGCCUUUGUCCCUGGUGGCAGACCAGCGCGUGAAAAAGCAUGACACAAGUUUGAGGUUUGUGUCUGCGUCCCCAAGGUCAAGAAAUUAUCUCCUUGGAAGGCAACAGUACUAUGCAUGUUAUGAAUUGUGUCUCCUUGGUCAGUGAUAAAGAAAAUGGGACUAUCGCCACAGCAGCUGGAUUCAUGAUUGAGGAAACACCGCCCCCGCCGCCUCCUCCUCCUCCACCCCCUCCACCUCCACCAUGUCCAUAUUCAGAGGAAGGGUUUGCUCCCUCUCUUCCCCCUCCCCCACCACAUGCACUCCCCGGGGGGCCUCCAGUCCCUCCUCCCCCUCCAGAACUGCCCCCAGCAUCUCACUUGAAUGGCUACAGCCACCUCGGUAAGAAAAAGCGGAUGAGAAGCUUCUUUUGGAAAACCAUUCCGGAGGAGCAAGUGCGAGGCAAAACCAACAUCUGGACCUUGGCAGCCAAGCAGCAGCAUCAAUACCAAAUAGACACGAAGACCAUCGAGGAGCUCUUCGGGCAGCAGGAAGAUGCCACCAAGCCUUCCCUUUCCAGGAGAGGAGGAUCUUUAAAUUCGUCCUUCAAGGAAGCGAGAGAGGAGAUUACUAUCUUGGAUGCAAAACGGAGCAUGAACAUUGGGAUAUUUCUUAAGCAAUUUAAGAAGUCUCCUCAGUCCAUUGUAGAAGAUAUUCAUCAAGGAAAGAGUGAGCAUUAUGGAGCAGAGACAUUGCGAGAAUUUCUUAAACUGUUGCCAGAGUCAGAGGAGAUAAAGAAAUUAAAAACAUUUCAUGGCGAUGUGUCCAAGCUGUCCCUGGCAGACUCCUUUCUGCACUGCUUAAUUCAGGUGCCAAACUAUUCGCUUCGGAUUGAAGCCAUGGUGCUAAAGAAGGAGUUUUUACCUUCUUGCUCUUCUCUGUACACGGAUAUAAGAAUUCUAAGAAUGGCUAUACAAGAGCUGAUGUCAUGUGAGGAGCUGCAUUCCAUAUUACACUUGGUGCUACAGGCAGGAAAUAUCAUGAAUGCAGGAGGGUAUGCCGGCAAUGCAGUAGGAUUUAAGCUGUCUUCUUUGCUCAAAUUGGCAGACACCAAAGCAAACAAGCCUGGGAUGAACCUUCUGCACUUUGUUGCACAGGAAGCCCAAAAGAACGACGCCAUUCUUCUAAACUUUUCUGAAAAAUUACAUCAUGUUCAGGAGGCUGCUAGGUUGUCUCUGGAUAACACGGAGGCAGAGCUGCACUCGCUGUCUGUCAGGACGCGGUCGCUGAAGGAAAACAUCCGGCGGGACGAUGAGCUCCGUCAGCAGAUGGAAGAGUUCCUUCAGUUUGCUGUAGAGAAGCUGACCGAACUAGAACACUGGAAACGGGAGCUCCAGGACGAGGCCCACACCCUUAUAGAUUUUUUCUGCGAAGACAAAGAAACCAUGAAACUGGACGAGUGCCUUCAGAUAUUUCGAGACUUUUGCACCAAAUUCAGCAAAGCGGUUAAGGACAACCACAACCGGGAGGUACAGGAGCUGAGGCAGCUGCGGCGGCUGCAGGAGCUGGAGCAGAAGCGGCAUUCCUGGGCGACUGGGGAGCUGGUGGGAUUCGGCCGGAGCAGCAGUGAGAAUGACGUGGAGCAGUUGGGCAAGAAGAGUGCGGAGGACCUGCCCCCCUUCCUGCACCGCAGGCCCAUCAGCCCCUCCUGCCGACGCCCCAACACCCGCCGCUCCCGCCUCUCCCUGGGCGCCUCCGCUGACCGGGAGCUGCUGACCUUCCUGGAGAACUCUGUGGGCAGCCCCGAGGAGGCCAACAAAUUCAACAGCUUGCCCCGGAGCAGCCCUCGGCAGGCCCGGUCCGCGUCGGCCUGGAGGGAGUCUGGGGAGCCGAGGGACCAGGGCUCUGGCCGCACACACAGACCUCAGGCCUCCGCAGGCCAGGAGGGAGCCCCCGACCCACCCUCGGCUUCCUGUGGCCAGCUCCUCACCCCCCAGAUGGAAGACUCUGCUCCAGUUUUGCUCCGAACUCGGCGUAGCGGGCUCAGCAUGCUCCAAAAGAGGAACAGUGAGCCUGUGGGCCUGGCGUCUCCCUGGUCCCCUCCACUCUCGCCACUGGCUCUGGGAAUUAAGGAGCACGAGCUGGUGACCGGGCUGGCCCAGUUCGACGUCCAGGGUCCCAAGGACCCAGAGGAGACGCCCCAGCGGAGCCCGACCAACUUCAGUCCAGUGGAGCUGGCGUCUCCGGGGGAUGGGAGCCUGCAACCCCUCGGAGCCGGCACUGGUGCUGGCACUGGUGCUGGCAUUGGUGCUGGCAUUGGUGCUGGCAUUGAUGCUGGCAACGGUAGCCUGACGCGUCUCCACGCCCAGGAGAGUCUCAGCGCAGGCCUGCAGGGUGACGGGGCAGCUCCUGAUGAGCCCAGCAUCAACCCUGAGAACAAAGACCCUGGGCCUCUGUUCUACUUCUCGGAUACCACCGACUGCUCGCUGACCUUGGACUGCUCAGAGGAAACCGACACCAGGCCUGGCGGUGGGGAGCCGGGGGAGGCCGGCCAAGGGGAUGGCUCUGUGUCCUCUGGGGCAGGGGAGGCGGGUGGCAGCCAAGUGUCCUCCAACCCUCUCUCCAGCCCCCCUGGGGAGGCCCCUGCUCCUGCUUCUGCAAAGACCGGGCCCAGCUGCAGGGGUGGCCUUUCCAGAGAAAGGUCCUCCAAAGGGAAGGAAGCGACCACACCAAAGAGAAACUCCCUCAAGGAGGCGUCCCAGGGAGCCCCCAAGCCUGGGGCUGUCCCGCGAGGCCAGGGGACGGCGCCCAAGCCCGUGCGGACCUUGACCUCCUCGGAGAGCGAGAGCAUGCGCAAGGUCGUGCCCAUCUCUAGGGCCAGCAGGGGCUCCUCCGGCUGGAAGCAGCCCCCUCGGGAGCCCCCCAGCGGCACCCAGGAGUCGUGGUCACGCCGGAACUCUGUGAAGGGCACCUCGGACACGUCACCCAAGAGGUCCUCGAAGGGGCCCGGGGUGGUCGCCGAGGUGACCGAGGAGCAGGAGCAGAAGCCGCCGCGAGGGAGGGUCGGCUCCUGCGGCACCCGGCCGGGCAAGGAGCCCGCCCUGCAGCCCAGGGGCUCCCUCAAGAAGCCCAGCGCCAAGCCCCUCCGGAACGUCCCCAGACAGAAACCCGAGGAAAAUAAGAUCUGCCGCUCCAAUUCCCAGGACCCCCAGAGCCCGGGAGAAGAGCCCAAACCCCCUCCACCAACCCCCAGCGUCCCCCGUGUCCCGUCCCAGGUACCAGGCUUUGCCCGAAACACAGUAGCCUCCUCAUCUCGGUUCAUGAAAACAGAUUCUCUCCCGGUGACCAAAGCCCCCGGCCUCACGCGGACAGUCUCCCACCGGCAGCUGAGGAUGAAGGGUGGCUCUGAGGAUGCGGUCCCCAAGGACAGCGGCACCCUGCGGCGGGCCUACAGCUCCCGGGCCCCCAAAAAGUGUCCUGAGUCAGCAGAGGGUCCCGGUGCAAAUAUGGAGGCCUCUCUGAAGGGCAGAGGGACGGGGGAAAGGACCUCCUUCAGGCAGAAAGACUCCGGCCGGACCACACUGGGGAAAAUCCUCCACCCCUUAUGGAAGUGAUGGGUGCCUGUCCCCCCUCACCUCCUGGCACAUCAUGCGGACUGACUGCUGUGAAAGGCCAACACCGAGUGACUCUUCUACAUCAAGGGAAUCACCGGUGCCACCUGCUAGUGCUCCUGUCGCUGAAGGUACACUCUGGGAGGCCUGUGGGCUGCCACCUGCAGUGCCGACUCCUGCCGUCGAGUCCCCAUGCACCCCUGUUCUGGACCGGCGCCUCCCGCACACACCCCAAAGUGUGCACAGGCAAACCCUCUACGCCAAAACAGAGACUCGGGCGUGUGAGAUGGCAUUCUUACGCAACAAGUAAACAAGGAAUUUUGGCCAGUUUUUAGAAAUCAGAGGCUUAUUUUUCAGUAUAAAAAUUCAGUGUUUUAGUUGGUUCCUUUUGCAGAGUGAAUGGGAAAAAAAAGACAGAAGAAAAACUGCUUUGUACGAAGAUGUUUUCAUCUUCAUGUGUCCUUGGCCUCGGGGUUCCACCUGCCUGCACGCCGACCAUUGCUGGCAACUCGGCUUCACCAUGAGCCCUGGGCGUCCUGUGGUUGCACCGAGUCCUUGAGACUCUUCCUGGCUCACCUCUCCCUGCCUGACGUGGGAUGAGGGUUUGCGUGUGAGCAGGAGGGAAAGUGAGACUGGUGGGUGGAGACCGGUGCUCCUGUGGCUCCGUGUGGGCACCGUGGGCAGCGGGACGUGCGUUUUGGGGGCCUGUGGCCGCCGGGAGAGCCUCCCUGCGGACGGGUGGCAGGCAGCCCCUGGGAGGACGCUGGAUCUUUCAGGGUGUAGAAGUGCCAUAUUUUCAUGGAACGCCAUGGGGCUGUUCAGCAGAUCACACCUCUCCCAUCCCAUGUGUUCACAUUUGUGUUUCUGCUGUACAACUGAGUGACGGCUGCUAUGACUUGUGUUCGCUCUGGUUACAGGAGAGGAAAAAGCUUUCUGUCUCCCAGUCUUUCUUCUCCGUCUUCCUUUGCUCCCAGCCCUUCUCUGCUCAUGUGACCUGGAGUCAGUCAGUCUCUCUCUCUCUCUCUCUCUCCCCCCCUCAACAGUAAUACUUAUAAAUGUUGACGUCUAUUCUUUGGUACAGUGGUUUUGAAAUCCCGAGGAAAAACCAAAUCAAGUUUUUGAAAUCAGACUAAAAAGAAAGUAACUGUUAGAAGAAUUUGUAUCAUCAGGGACACUUUGGAUUAAAGGCCUUCAUUCAGAAGAAAGGUGGGUGGGGGACACUUUUUUCUACCCGGUUCCCACUUCACUAUUUCCCUCUGAGACUACUUGGGAAAUGGGGGAAUUCUUGAAACUUUUUUGUUUUUUAAAAAUUGUGCGCCCCCCCCCCAUUUUUGGUCACUUAUUAGUGAAACCUCAUUUCAGAUCCAACAGUGGUAGACGGAUUUAGGCAAAUAAGAUGUGUUACAGUCUCCCGUACAAUUUUGCCUCCCAACCAAAUUAAUUGGAAACUCGACUUCGAUGAGUCCGCUAAAUUGAAAGGGUAAACUUUAUGGUAGAAGAAGUUAGGCACCUGACCACAAAACCUCUUACAAAAAUAGCCCCGAGUAGGUAUUUCCGGGGCUCCGCAGAGAUGGUUAAUGGGAAUCCUGAGCUGUUUCUCACCAUCUCAAAAAGCCUGAGAAAUCAUAUAUUUAACCAUGCAGACCACAGCGGUCAAAACAUAGGGCCCAUGGGUAGAUGGGAAAUGGAUGAAAGAGGUCAAAAGUUUGUGGAUUUGUGGAUAGAGAGGGGGUCAGGACUCCUGGUGAGACUCUAGGGACCGGGGAUUGAGUCCCUCCCUGUUCCACCGCUGAUACUAGUACCUUGGGCAAGCCACUCCCUGUCCCUAAGCCUCUGCUUCCCAGUCUGCAGCAGUGGGGGCAUGGCCUCCAUGAUGGUGUCCAGGGGUCCUUCUCGCUCCAGCAGUCGGAGUCAUAACACCCAGGGACCCAGCUCUGCCCUGGGAUCAGCUUCUCAGAACCAACCCCCCGCAUCUCUUCAGCAGAGGCCUCCCGCAAAGGCCUGCUCAAAACACCUCCAGAAUGAGUCGUCGCUUUGAAACCCACUCAGCCACUUUCCUGAGAAGUGGUGUUUUAUUUUACUUAGCCCUGUGGACAACUUCUGUGUUUGCAUCUGUACGAGCAGGUGAUCAUUCUAUUACCUUUUAUCGGUAGUAAGCUUGGACAAAAUAAUUUAAGUAUAUAAUGGAGAAGUGUAAAUAAGUUUCUAUAUGAAAUUGUUUAAGAUGAACAAUUAAGAUGUAUUUAAAGGUCCAUUUAUAUGUUCUUUUACGUAACACGUAGUUAAAUAAAGUUCCUGUUUAUGGGA